GUUGUUAUGGUUCCUCUCGUAGAAAUGAGUGAGAUUGAUGGGCUACAUGUGGAUUUAAGCAGCGGGUUGGAGGAUGUUCCGGUUUUAUUUGAAGAGCUGACACGUCCGACAUUUCAGUAUUCCCCCGAUAACGUCCAGGGACCAGGAUGCACCACGGACCCCAGUGAAGUCACCCUCCCUGGAUGCUCCUGUCGGUCGCAGUCCUGCUGCAGCGAGACCUGCUCCUGCCUGCGGACUCACGGCCGGGCGUACGACGACUCCGGCCGGCUGCCGGACCUCAGCAGGACUGGGGGCGCCUGCUCCCGCCCCGUGUUUGAGUGCAACGCCCUCUGCUCCUGCGGCGACUCCUGCUCUAACAGGGUGGUGCAGAAGGGGCUCCAGGCCAGGCUGGAGGUCUGCAGCACCCAGGACAGAGGCUGGGGGGUCAGGGCGCUGGAGGAAAUCCCCCUCGGGACGUUUGUGUGCGAAUACGCGGGGGAGGUAAUCGACUUUGUGGAGGCCAGACGCAGGCAGCUCUCGCAGCGGGCCGACGAAAACAACUACAUCAUCGCCGUGAGGGAGCACGCGGGCGCGGGAUCGAUCACCGAGACGUUCGUGGACCCGUCCCGGGUGGGAAACGUUGGCCGCUUCCUCAACCACUCCUGCCUGCCCAACCUGCUCAUGCUGCCUGUGCGCGUGCAUUCCGUUAUCCCUCGACUGGCGCUGUUCGCAGCGCGGGACAUCGGCGCUCACGAGGAGCUGACGUUCGACUACUCAGGAGGUUACAGCAACCAGCGUCCCGCUGAGCGGCUCUGUACGGAGAGAGACUCGCCAGCAUGGGGCAGCAGGACUGAUGGACCCCAGAGGAAAGCCUGCCACUGCCACGCUAGCAACUGCGCGGGGUUUCUUCCACUGGAUUUAUCUGUUCUGAACUGAGCAAGUGCCUUAUCAUUUGUAUCUGAAUGCCGGUAAACCAUGUGUUUAUCAGUCUGCCUCUCCGGCUCAUGCCUAUUUAACUAUCUGUGCUAUUUUGGGCCUGUGUGAAAUAUUCAGCCGCUCAUUAGAGCAAGACAAUGCAACACGUUGGUGGCUUCACCAACACAAUCAGCUGUGUGAGUCAUGUCUGCCCUCAUCACAGCUUCCUGUUUGCCCCCCCUCAGUGUUUCCCGACCUGCCGCUGUCCCCGAUGCGCUCUCCCACUCAGUCUAAGAUGAUGCAAUGGAAACAAGAAAAACAAGUCCAAGUUCCCUCCAGGAUUAAAGUUGUGAACAUAUGUGUUAUUUUUACUGGUUAACGUCCGCUCUCAUCUGUCAGGGGGGGGCGACUCCCUCUGGUUUCACUGAUCCUGGCACUCUGGGUCACAUCCUUCACACUACACAUGAUCUGUGAUGUGUGAUUGGUUGGUUAAUUUUAAUCGUGUUAAGAAAGAAUUCAAGUUCAUGCCCUUCAUGUGGCAGAAAUGAAAGUAAAAGUAGUAGCUGUCAUAUGUUUCCAUCAGCUUCACACUUCUUUGUUGACGUCACGAGACGAACCCCCAAAUAGAUCUCCUCGGCUUCCCAUCGCACGCUGUUCCCCGGGGAAACGGGACCAAUUAAAAAGGGCCGCAGGGUAUAGUUUAUAUAGAAACAGACUUCAUUCCCCUGUCAGAGGAGGAGCCAAGGCGUCCCACUUCAGCGUGACCAUUCUCAAAUCAGGACCUUCUCCUCUCAAUCUGCCCCGGUUCCAGUCUAGACCUGCUUUCAUCUUAUUAAUAUCCACAUCUGGGUUAAUUAGGAUGGAGACCAUGUUUCAUGUAGAAAUGGGACCAGAUCUCCAGCCACACUGGGGGGGGGGCCUGAC